AUGAAUACAGAAUCUAAAGGAAGAGCAUGGUAUGGUAAAAUCUACCGUAAAUUGGAAACGAUUCUUGUGGAGGUGGACAGUUUGGCUUCUCAGGGUAAAGUUUCUUUGAGUUCAAAUGAUCCUCCAGGAUCCGAUUCUGUAAGGGAUGAACCAGACAAACUUACAGAAGAGCAUAGUGAUUGUAAUCAGAAAGCAACCACUUCUCUUUGCCGCAACGAUCCAAUAUCUUCUCAAGCAUCUCACCACUCCCCUGAAGGCUUUAUGACUGCAACAGCAUGUAAUGAUGAUACUUUUGUAUCUCCCUCUGGGAUUCCUACGGGUGAUUCAAAUCUAACCCCACUUGCUACAGAGAUUCAAGCUGUACCUGCUCAUGACAAAGUGGCAAACAUUGGAUCCUUUUGCAGCACCUCUAUCAAGGUUAAUCAAGAUGAUGAGUUCUUCAUCGAAGACUUUGAUGCUGCUCCAUUGGAUACCAUUGAUUUGUACGACAUGACAUUUCGAGAAGACCCCUCAGAUUUUGAUGACAAUUUGCUAUAUGAAGCACGCGACAGGACGCGGCAGCUCAGAUCAUUCAAGAGUAAGAUAAUGGAUGUUUUAACUUCGAAAAGAAGAAGAGAGAAGGAAUACGAGCAGCUUGCAAUAUGGUUUGGAGAUGCAGACAUGGGUUGUGAUCUGAUGAACACUAAGGAACAUGCUGCAACACCUCUAGACCCCAAAAGCUCACAGACGAAUGUUCCAUUUGCAUCAGAAGAUUCUGAGUGGGAGCUUUUGUAA